UGAUAAAAGUUCCUUUCCUUUCUAAAUCCUAAUGUCCUUCACUUGACUGCUGGCGUAUCUAAUUCGGUAAUUCUAGAAUCAAAUUAGCUUCCGUUUCUCCUAAAAUGUGAUCCUUGUACGAGGAAUAAAUGCUGUAACCCAAGAUGUUUAGAAGUAAGGGUUCGUUUGUUCCCAGUUUCUUACGUUAAGAUGGUUCCAUGGGGCGGCCCCAGUUGCUGCUUGAGUGCAGCCGCUCUCUAUCUUCUUGGAAGGAGCAGUGGAAGGGAUGCAGAGGUUCUCAAGACAGUAACUCGAGUCAAUCAGCUCAAAUAAUUGGGUGAUACACUUACUGGAGACUGAUUUGAUUAAUCGGCAUCAUUAGCAUGUGCUAAGACAUAUAUCUUGAUGGUACAAUAUUUUUUUCAGCUCAAUUGCUUGACCUUGAAAGUAAAAUGAUACCUAUAAUUGUUACAAUCUCUGGAAGAGUUGGUUCCGAGACACCAAUAAAUUGUCGGCACAGUGGAUUAAGAGGUGUCAUAGUAGAGGGAACGGCGGAACAACAUUUUCUAAAGCACAAUGAUGCCGGUUCUUGGAUACAAGAUUCUGCUUUGAUGCUUUCUAUGUGUAAAGAGGUCCCAUGGUACCUGGAUGAUGAGACUGGUCGUGUAUAUGUAGUUGGUGCUCGUGGUGCAGUAGGUUUUGCACUAACAGUUGGAAGUGAAGUAUUUGAAGAGUCAGGUCGGUCAAUUGUACGUGGAACAUUAGACUAUCUCCAAGGUCUCAAGAUGCUUGGAGUCAAGCGAAUUGAGCAGGUGCUUCCCACUGGUUCUUCUUUGACUGUUGUCGGAGAGGCUGUCAAGGAUGACAUUGGAACAAUUCGGAUUCAGAAGCCACAAAAAGGGCCUUUUUAUGUGUCCCCAAAAUCUAUUGAUCAACUCGUUUCCAACCUUGGGAAGUGGGCAAGGUGGUACAAGUAUGCAUCAUUUGGACUGACCAUCUUUGGUGUCUUUCUAAUCACCAAGCAUGCAAUCCAUUAUUAUUUGGAGAGAAGACGCCGGUGGGAAUUGCGGCGAAGGGUUCUUGCUGCUGCAGCUAAGAGAACAGGAUCAGAUAAUGAAGAUUCAACUUUGAAAGCUGAAAAUGGAACAGGGACCAAUCAAGACUGCGUAAUGCCAGAUCUAUGUGUAAUAUGCCUUGAGCAGGAGUACAAUGCUGUUUUCAUACAAUGCAGGGUGAAACUAGAAGCUUAAGCAGUCUUCCUUGGAAUGAAGUGGUUAAAGGAAUUGCAGGUGGAACAAGUCUGAGGUAGAAGCUGAUUCAGUAUUUAAGUUUCUUACAGGCAAUGAACAACUAUUGUCCAGCCUGAGAAAUUUAGUUGAGGAGAUUACAGUUUUGUCUUCGAGUUUUACGUCUAUUUGUUUUGAUCAUGUAUUGCAGACCGGUAACAAUCCGGUCCAUCAUCUUGCUUAUUUCACUUCUCUUAGUACUGAUGGUAAGAUCUAUCCGAUUGUAUUGCUCAAUGGAUUUGUAAGGAAAAUGAGAUUAUGAAAGAAUGAGCAGUUAGUGCUCUUUCUUUUUCACCCUUUGAAAUUUCACGUGACUUUCCAUUAAUGAUUUUUUUAAUGAAGCAUCUUCCAUAAAAAUAAAAUAACCCAGUGAAGAAAGAGCUGACUAACUGAACACGAGAAACAUGAGAUGCAACGUGCAACGUGUGCCAGGUGCUGUGCUAGUUUUGGGAAACGAAUAAUGGAAGUUGCAAGAAGUCAAAUUUUAACGAAGUCAAAAGGCUGUCCAGAAUCCAACGUCACCAACACUCUUUCUUCCAAUCCGAGGUAACUUUCACACUGUAAUAUUCCACUUUCUAUAAUUUUCCAGGAAAAUUGAGUGGUUUCUGCUCGUGAAAUGGGCCAGUAGGUUUUGUGACGUAAGAAAGAAGAGCAUGAGCAGGGUGACGCCAUUGCCCUGAAUGUUGUUGUCAACAUCAUCAAUAGUUUUAACUCACAUGUCCAUUUUUCAAUUUAAACCUAGAUACUGAAUCCGAUACCCUCUCCAUUUCUCAUCACAAAUUCAUCAACCUUUUGUCUCUUUCUCAGUUCUUUCAUUGCAUUGUCAAAAAGGAAGAUUCUUACUUCCUAAGUUGUACACAUUUGGUUAGAUUGUGGUUCAUAGUUGGAGCUGAGAAAUUGAAGCAUAGAAAAAGAGGAGAAUAUGAUCCCCUCAUUUCCCAUCUAUCACAUCAGUACUAAAAUUUACAGCAACUAGUUAGCUUCCUGGAUUUUGUUUUUACACCAUGCAAUAGUUUUAUUGUUUUGGGGUUUAAUUAUGCCCUCCAUCCUUUGACUUUUCAUGCUUUUGAAAUUUAGUCCCCUAUUUGUCUUAUUUAAAAUUUAAAAUCUAAUUGAUAAACACUAUUAAUCAACUUCUGUUAAAUUUGAAUAUGUUGCAUUUUAAUAUUCAAAGAUGGGAUUAAAAGUUAAAGUUCAAUUGAUGGCAGUCAAAUUUAAUAGAAGUCAAUUAACAAUGAUAUAAAUUACUUUAAUUUUUAAAUCAAACAAGUAGAGAUUAAAAUUUUGGAAUUAAAAGCAAAAUGACUAAAUUUCAAAAGUCUGAAAAUUAUAGAGACUGGGGGCAAAAUUAGACCUUGUUUUCCACUUUGUUAAUGUGUGAUUCUCACUGGUCUCUGUACAGGACCUUAUUGAUAAGUAUAAAACAGGUUUGUGGGUUGGCCAUGUUAAGUAGAUAUCUGCCUCCCGGUACCUGCUUGUUCCUUCACCAAAAACAAGACUUCUCCAAUUUCCCUUUCAAUUCAUAUUACCGUCAAUGGAUUCCUCCCCCGAGGGUGUGUGUGAGAAACUAUUUAGAGCAAUCACUUUGUGUCCUGCUUUCCGCACAACCCAUAGUAUCACAAUCCCCCAACAACAAUCAACCAUCAGCCAUGCUCGAACUCCACUAUUACAAAACCCUGUCAAAACCCAAAUGGCAUCUCCACAAUACCCUAAACCUACAACCACUGAAGAAGCAGCGGCAAUUCCCAUCAAGUUUGACUAUACUUCUACUGAGAAACCAAAGCCAAUAGCAACCACCUUGAAUGCUUCAACCCGCCAAUCACCACUUGGCCGGGUGGGUCAACAGGUGGAAACACAAAAGCCCUCCACUCAUAAUGGUGAGCAGCCACGAAAUAAGUCCAAGCCUAAUAGGUCGCCAAUCCCAAUCCGAAAUGAACAACAUCAAACCACCAAGGUGGAGGAAGCCAAGAAACCAACCAAAAAUUACAAAACUUUCGAUGAAUUUAUCGAACAAACGAAGAAAAAGUUGUCACUUGUUGAUGAUGAGGAGCAGGAUUUGGGCAAGGUUGUGGUGGAAUAUGGUAAGAAUCAUCACUUUUCCGCUUAGAGUUACCUCAAGUAUCGAGGAUAGAAAAGUGAUGAUGAGUCCUUUAUAAACAAUGAAUAAACUGGAGAUUCUACACAUACUUCUGCUUAAUAGGUUCGAUGAAUAAUUAUGGAUUUUUAUUUUCUGCGGGCGUAUCGUAUUCCAUAAUGUCGGGUGAUGUCUAUGUUGUCAAAUAUAUUUGGAACAUACAUACAUAUAUGUGUGUGUGUGUUUUCCAAUAAACACUUAAUAUGCUUUUGUACUCUACCCAUUAUUGAUUUAAUAAAUUUUUUUUAUAUAAUGUUUUA